AUGGCUCCUUUUAUUGCAGAGUUGCAACAUGGGCAAGCAGCUUCAAUGCAAAACGAAACUCCUUCUACGAAAGAGCAUUUCGUCUCCUCCCUCUCAACCACCAACACUCUCCCCACCUCCAUCUCCUCCACCACCCAACCCCCAACCUGGCAAUCCAUCGCCGCCCAUCGCCGCUACCAAAUCACCUCUUCCAUCCCCUCCGAAUGGCUCCUUUCACCACAUCUCCUCCAAUCCAAACGCCCCGUCGAUCUUGUAAAAACAUGUGGAUUAUUGAGUGAGCGCGAGAUAGGUAUUGUGUAUAGUACUGCGGUGGAUUUAUUGGAGAAAAUACGAGCGAGAGAGUAUACGGCUGUGGAGGUUACGACUGCAUUUUGUAUGGCGAGUGCAGUUGCGCAGCAGGGGACAAAUUGCCUAGCAUGGACCAUGUAUCCCUCCGCUCUUUCCCUCGCCGCAGAACUAGACGCACACAUGGAAAAAACAGGUAAACCAAUCGGACCACUCCACGGCCUACCAAUUUCCGUCAAAGAACACAUUUACCUCCAAAACACACCCUCGACAUCAGGGUUCGUAGCCUGGGCCGAUAACUUCUGUACGGAUGCCGCGCAAGAAGGAAUAUGCAUCAAAGUUCUACGAGAACAAGGCGCCAUAUUCCACGUCAAAACCACUAAUCCGCAAAGUCUCCUAUCCCUAGAAACCGACUCCAAUCUCUAUGGUGCCACAACCAAUCCACUCAACACGACACUUUCUCCUGGUGGUUCAUCGGGUGGCGAAUCGGCGCUGAUCGCUAUGCAUGGGUCGAUUUUGGGAAUUGGGACGGAUAUUGGGGGGAGUGUUAGGGUUCCUGCGUUAAAUUGUGGAUUGUAUGCUUUGAAGCCUUCAGUGGCGAGGUUGCCGCAUUCGGGACUGAAUGGUGCGCAUGAGGGUAUGGAGAGUAUUGUGGGGGUCGUGGGUCCUAUUGCGACUUGUGUCGCGGAUGUGGAAUUGUUUUGUAGGACGUUGUUGGAUGCUGAGCCUUGGAUAAGGGAGGUGGGGUUGCUUCCUAUUCCUUGGGGUGUGAGGGAAUCUUUGUCUUUAUCGACGUCGGUUUCUUAUGGGAAUGAUAAUGGGAAUGGGAGUGACAGGAAGUUAAGGAUAGGCAUGAUAUACACAGACGGAGUACACCACCCCCACCCCCCCAUUACCCGCAUCCUCCACCAAACCACUCUCAAACUACAAAACGCCGGACACGAAAUCGUCCCCUUUCCCACGCACCUCCACCGGCAACUCAUCCCCAUAAUCGACGCACUCUACCUUCUUGACGGCGGCACCGAAUACACCAAUAUCCUAUCCCAGACCUCCGAACCCGCCACUCCCCUCUUAUCUUGGUUAUUACACAAGGAAAGUACGCAGGAUCGAACGAUAGCACAACAGUGGACGUUGCACCGGGAGAGAAACCGUUUACAAGAUGCGUAUGCGACGCUUAUGAGGGAGGUGGGUGUGGAUUGUUUGGUGGGGCCUGGGGGGGUAAGUGUGGCGAGUAAGAGGGGGGAGGCGAGGUAUUGGGGUUGGGGAGGUGGAGGGGGGGAUUAUUGGGGGGGUGCGGAUGCUGGUGAGGGUGAGGGAGAGGGUGAGGUAAGGAGGACGGAGAUGGAGGGAUUAUGGAGGGACGAUGAGGGUAAGGGUGACGAGGAAGAUUCUGGGCCCAGGAAAUAUGAAGGUGGGAGUGUAGGGUUACAGAUUGUAGGGCGGAGAUUACAGGAGGAGAAAUUGUUGGACAUGGUGAAGAUUAUCGAGGGGGUUUUGAAGGGGUGA